AUGAUCACAACACUUCAGGUGACGGAAUUCUAUGGUUCAACCGGCACCCCUCUUGAAGAUGAGCCCUUUUAUCAUGGCUACAUGGAAAGAAAAGAGACAGAAAAAGUUCUCACGAAAAUUGGAGAGUUUCUCGUACGCAAGGCUUAUGUGAGAAAUGUUGAGGGCUACAUUUUGUCGCUACGUAUAAGUCCGGAUAGAGUACUGCAUUUGCACAUUCAAGAGAUCUUCCCACAAAAGUUAUACUGGUUGCGAGGUUUUUGCUUCACAUCUAUAUCUGAUCUUGUUCGCUAUCAUUUGACGCUAAAGGCUCCCGUUUAUGACAACAAUGUUAUGUUGCAGUCAUUUCUUGAAAGGGAACAAUGGCAAUUGUAUCAUGAGCAAGUGGGUUGAAG